AUGAGAACUGCGGAAGACUCCUCCGGAACGGUCCUGCACCGUCUCAUCCAGGAGCAGCUCCGUUACGGCAACCUGACGGACACCCGCACUCUUCUGGCCAUCCAGCAGCAGGCCCUGCCGGCGGCGGGGGGGGGCACGGGCAGCCCCCGCUCCUCCCUGGAGAGCCUCACCCAGGAGGAAACCCAGUACAUGCAGAUGUCCACGCGGCAGGAGCCCCAGGGGCAGGAGCACCAGGGAGACGGCCUGCUCUCGGAGAGCCCCGCGUGCCACCUGUACCAGCUCCACGGGGAGGAGCUGCCCACCUAUGAGGAGGCCAAAGCCCACUCCCAGUACCUGAUCUCCCAGAAGGAGCAGGCGGAGCAGGAGGGCCUCGGCGGGGAUGCGACGCAAAGCCACGCCGAGGCUCAGUGGGACCUGAAGAGGGAGCACGCUCGCUCUCUGAGCGAGAGGUUGAUGCAGCUUUCCCUGGAGAGAAACGGACACGGGGGUGGUCUGACCAUGAGCUCCUCUCACAGUUACCCGCAGCUGUAUAACAAUAAUGCUUCAGGUGUUCUGGCACAUGACGCCCAAGGAGCCCAACAGUGUGUAGACCAGCGUGGACCACCGCCGGACUAUCCUCUCUACGCCAGGGUCCCUGAAUACAUGCUCAGCCACUCUCAGGAGCAUGUGCGUUACCACAGAGAGCCUCCUCCCCCCUUCUACGCACAGCACCACAGGUAUGUGUCUGCUCAGUCACAGGCGGCUCACAACAGCAUCACCGCGGCCUCUGACGGUAACGCCAUGCUGAUGCAAGAGAAUGCGCGUCUUAGGAAAGAGCUGGAAGUGUAUACUGAGAAGGCCGCCAAGCUACAGAAGUUGGAGCUUGAGAUUCAAAGAAUAUCUGAGGCUUAUGAGAUCCUGAUGAAAGGCUGUGUCAAGCGGGAGACUCUGGAGAAAACGAUGAGGAAUAAACUGGAGGCAGAAAUUAAGAGGAUGCAUGACUUUAACAGAGACCUGAGAGAACAACUUGACACAGCUAACAAACACAGGGCAGCAAAAGAAGCUGAGUGUGCAGACCCCAAGCAGCACGUCUUUGUCAAACUCCUGGAGCAAAACGAAGAGCAGCAGCGGGAGCGGGAACGUCUGGAGAAGCAGAUUCAGCAUCUGCGCGCGUCCGGGGAGGAAUGCCAGCGGAGGCGGGAGCUGCUGGAGCGAGCCCUGGCCUCGGCGCAGACCCGCAACCGGCAGCUGGAGGAAGAGCUGCUGAGAAAACGAGCCUACGUAAAGAAAGUGGAGCGCCUCCAGAACGCACUGGCUCAGCUGCAGGCGGCGUGCGAGAAGAGGGAGGUGCUGGAACUGCGGCUGCGCACCCGGCUCGAGCAGGAACUGAAAAGCCUCCGGGCACAACAGUGCCAGAACCAGACGGCUGAUCUCACAGCCUCGGAACUUAGCUCGUCUACGCAACAGCAGCAGCUGAGGGAAAAAGAGGAGCGCAUACUGGCCCUUGAGGCAGACAUCACUAAGUGGGAGCAAAAGUACCUGGAGGAGAGCACCAUGAGGCAGUUUGCUAUGGAUGCCGCUGCCACCGCGGCAACAGAGAGAGAUACAACCAUCAUCAACCAUUCGCCCAGACAUUCACCAAACAGCAGUUUCAACGAAGAUCUGCCAUCGUCAAAUCAGAGGCACCAGGAAAUGGAGAACAGGAUCCGGGUUCUUCAUGCGCACCUUCUGGAAAAGGAUGCUGUGAUCAAAGUACUCCAGCAGCGCUCCAAAUGGGAACAGAGCAGCCUGGAGAAACAAGGGCUUCGACCAGCUCGAUCCGUCCCCACCAUCAACACUGUGGCCAAAAGCAUAGAGUGCAAAGGAAAGAGCCUCUCAGAUGACCAGACAGGUGCUGUUGUGCUGAAACCCCCAUCUUUUGUUGCUGCCAAGGGCCCAUAUGGAGCACCCAAAAGCACCUCUAGUACUCAAAGUGAUGACGCCCCACAGGAUGGUGAGGUCAUUGCAGAGCCCAGUAAAAUAAAGCCGUCUAAGGGGAUGUCCACAGAUUCUACUGAUGUCUCGGAGGAGUCAAAAGCGAUGGUCAAGAUGCCGAAGAGUAUGGACAGCUCAGAUUCAGAGGCCAUUGAAAUCCUCAUUUGAGCUUUCACUGCAGCUCAACUAGCUGAACGGGGAAAGAAACAUUUUUCAGAGAUGUUCAAGAUCUCCGUCGACAUCUGGCUUAAAACAAUGUGCAGAGUCAAGUGUGCGGCUUGGUUUGAUUUGAGGAGCUGAGCCAUUUUUCUACUUUUUCUGCACAUUUGUUAAAUGGAUAGUGGAAAUUCUCCAAGGUACCUGGACAGUAUUUUAAACUAUGAAAGGAACUGGGCUGCUGAUUUUGCAUGUUAUUUGUGAUUGGAUGUGAACUGUCUUUGUACUCGUUAUUGCUGCUCAUAUUGUGACGUGACUUUUUUUUCUGUUUGAGAGGUGACUCAUGAGUGCUCCACAUCUAAAUGAUCCACAAAUGUUUAAUUUUUGGGGGGUUUACCUACAUAGUUGGUCUGUGUUUUGUUUGAUUUAUCUUGAAUUUACUGUAGCAUCCACAAACCACACCCUUUAAAAGUAAUGGGAAUAUUUAUGAUAGUCAAAAUAAGUCUGCUUUAUGUUUUAAGUCAUGUAUGAGGAAUAUUCUGUUUCACCAGAUAGUGCAAACUUAGAUUAACAGUUGUUCCUCUAUUUAAAAUACAUUUGGGGCCCCUUUGCUCAUGACUCAGUUGAGGAUUUGGAAACUUCCUUUGAAUGUGGAGCUGCAGAAUGCCAGCCCAUUUCUCUCUUAAAAAAGCCUGUGAGGAUUGAUGGCGUUUCACUGGGGUCCAAUUUUCCAGAUCCCGGGUUAAUGUUCUAGGCCUCAAAUGGCGACUGCCCAACAUUUCACUCCCCUCCGUUGACACACUGGAGCUAAUCUUCUCACAUUCCUUGCUGAGGGAAUGCUCCAGUUAAAGAAAAAGGCUAUCUAAAGUCUGACCCCUCGGCCUUGUUAAAAUGACAUGCAUUCUCCACGUGAUUCCUUUUCUUGGACCAGUUAUUUCUUCUCAUGGUAGCUGGUUCUACCAUUAGCACAGAAAUGAUCAACUAUAAUUGGCCUGCAUUUCCCAGAUUAAUUUCUUGUCUUAUGUUCAGCUGUGUAUUAGUCACAUUGCUGGGUUGACUAUAUACUUACAUGGAAUUUUCUAUUUAUUUCGCCUUCCUUAAUGUAGGAUUACUGAGCACUGCUGACUGUAGACUACUGUUUUCAAGGAAUGUGCUUUGCAUUUUACUGGAAUUUGCUCCGCUCUGCUUUUCCUCUACGAUUCCAACAUAUGUGGAUUUUCAAGAAACCUCAUGUGCUGUGAUGCAGUAAAUCAAUGACGUUUUAUGAUGUUAAAAAAAACAUUUAUCAAUAGAAAAUUGUAUUCUCAGAUUACAUAGAAAGUGAAACCUCAUAUCUAAUUGGUGUUUCUCCUCAACCGUGUUCAUAUUUGGCCAUCACCGAGCAUCUGCUGGUCAGAGCCACAUUUUAGUCUAAGUUACUGGUAGUCAUUUAUUGUGGAAUGUUGUUGAAACGAAUGGCUAUUUGAAGUGAGAGAAGUUAAUAUAUUUUGUUUUUCAUUUAUUUUAUAUAUCAGUCAUUGUUUCUGGUGCCAAAGAUGUACUCUGUGUUUAAGUUAUAAUACAAGAGGCUCUGUUAAGGUGCCUUGCUUCAGCUGGUUGACCCAAUUUGAUAUUGCUGUGAACUUUUAUAAAGGAAGCAUUUCUAUCUAUGCCUUGUAAUUUUACAAUAAUAGAUUAAAAUUCUUAAUAUAUGUCUGGCAAAUGUUCUUUGAUUUGAUUUUCUGCAAUCUUACUGA